GUGUGCUUUUCCCGAAUCCCCGGGAUCCUCAACUUAUCUUGAUCAUAAUCCAACCAUUUAGGGAUCUCCUGGACAUUUACUGCCCUGAAUAUUAGAUAUAUCGCUGUCCAAACUUGAACUUCACAUAUCUCUACUUCAUAUCACCUACCCGGUUUAGCACAACGUGUCUUAUCUGCGACUGUAUCUAUAGGUGACUUCCACAACGAUUCAACCACCUUCAAUCUCAAGAAUUUUUGAAAGAGUAUAACCUCGAAACACAAAGUGUCACCAUCUGUGAAUCUCACCCGCAUUCUUAUCACUUUACUGCUAAGGAUUGUUCAUGGCUGCUGUCACUUCAACCUCGUCCCAAUUACCUUAUUCUAGGCGAGUCUCGUUCAACAAUCUCCGACCCCAUGAGCUUGACGCCGAAGUCCCGCCUGAUGUGACCAAAUUCCAGUCCUAUGCAUCGACCCCAAAGCUGAAUUACCCGCGAUCGAAUGACCCAGAAUUGUCCAAACUUUUCAGCAAUUAUUCGCUUUCCUCUCCCAUCAAAUCUUCUCAUAGAAAAAGGUUGAAGUUACCUGAGCCUCCCGCACGACUGAUUCUCAAAAAUGCACUCUCUCUGGAAGAAAUCAAGCUGAAUGAAAUUCAUGCACACGACACAUACGCAUCUUUCAACAAGGAGCUCAAUGAUAUAGUCAAUCAUCCACCAGACUCAGUGCCUCGCCUGGAACUCGCAAAAAUAGUACCAGCGCAGAACCCAGAGUCUACAAAUAAUGAGUGUUGUGCCCCAGGAGAAAUAUCUCCACAUACGCGUCUGCCAAGGGGACGCCGGAAGCUGUACUCUAGUAUGACUGAUGAAGAGUUGAUGGCCCUAGAUCCACAGUUCUCGAGGCGAAAUAUUUCAGACUUGAAUGACUUCAAGUUUGAUUCCCUUGGGGCAUCCUAUUCCACUCAACGCAGAAACUCUACACCAGGGUCAUACUUGCCAUCCCCUGGAAAGGCAAAACAAGUUCUCUAUCCUUCCCUGAACGAAAACAACUACAAAAGUGUCUCUCUCACAGUGAAGCAUCAAGACUUCAAUCGUCACGAGCUUCAUCCAAGAAUUAUCCUCACUGUUUUGUCAGGCAGAAAGCACACCUGGAACACCUUAGAUUGGCUUCUUUUAACUGACCACCUGGUGAGAGAUCAGCCCUGCUUUCUUCAGAAUGGUGAUCACCUAGUGGUUGCAGCUUUGGUACCGUUGAAAUUUGUCGAGACAGAAAACAAAAACUCUUCUCGAAAAAAAGAUAUCGGCGAGCAAAAAGUUCAACAGAAAUGCGAAGACAUCCUUAAGUACAUCUUAGACAACGUCCCAGAUCCGGAGAUCCGCCUCAAAAUCACAGUGGAGCUAGUCACAGACGUGCCCUUUCCAGACCCCGUGACCAUCAGUAUGGCUCCCGCAAAGAAACUCCAAACGGGUAGCAAAUUCAUGAUGGCUCACCUUUUCAAGCAGUACCAACCGACACUAGUAGUGAUUGGAAACAAAUCCACUAGUCUCAAUUUCAAGUAUCCCAGGAGAAUGAGUAGAAGCACAAAUGCUGGCUCCACCACCCGGACAUCUAUCAGCGCAAGCUCAAUUGCAGCCAAGGCUCCAGAAACAGAAGCAGAGCUGUAUUUGAUCAAACUCUCAUCAUAUUUGAUCCGGUACUCCACGGUACCAGUAAUCUUGGUGGGUAAUUCUACAACAUAUCACCGGAAACCAGCACCAAAAGUUCCACCAAGCGUUACUUUUAAGGAUGGUGCCAUUAGACUGAAGAGCAUUCUUGAUGUGUCACCUAGUGCACCGCGUCAGAAUUCUUAUUGCUCGGAUAUCUCCAUCGAGUCUUUUUGCGGCACACCACUGAAUGGUGAUGACUCGGACUCUCCCGGACCAUCAAAACCCCUGGGUAAUUCUUCGCUACAAAAGGUUUUGUCUGAUCCUUUUGCAGCGCUAAUUCUGGAUAUCUCUGAUAAAUCUCUCAUGGAACUGAGAACCUAUCUUGAGCAAGUCAAAACCGAUAAAAUACCAUCCCAUUUUUUCGAUAACAAGGUGCACCAAGCAUAUGUUAGUAUGGAGCAAGGUCGUCAAGGACUGCUUUCAAAAACAAACUCUAGUGGAGCCAGUGGAAGGGCUUACAAGGUGAAGAGCCUCAUAUCUUAUGACGAGGAUGAAGAGAAGAAACACGAGAGAAUGAUCAAUGACAAGAAACUCAACAAGUCCAUCUCUAGAAGUUCUGCGGGCAGCUCCAUUCUGAGAGCUCUGGACGAAAAAUCAAACAAGAAGAAAAAGAGAAGAUCGCUUUUACAAAUAUUUGGCCUAAAGAAAGCCUAGGUGAUUAUCGUGCAUUCCAGGGGACAAACGAUCAUAUUGGUCAACCAAAGUUUGUCUUUCGGCUCUGCAUCCAAUCGCUUCAAUACAUACAUUAAUCCAUUUUUAAAAAACAAUAUGGCCAAGGACCGAAUACAUAAAUUUUGCAAACAAUAAAUACUGAUAUCACAUUAUG